AUGAGUUCAGAGAUUGCAACUGAGCACGAUGUGCCGGUUCUGGUUGUGGGCGCUGGCCCUGCUGGGUUGCUUCUAGCACUGCAACUGGCAAAGAAUGGUAUUCGAAGCUUACUAGCUGAACGAAACCUAGAUACAACCAAAUGGCCAAAGAUGGAUAUCACUAAUUGUCGAAGCAUGGAGCUACUGAGGAGACUCGGGAUUGCUGAUGACCUGCGGGCUCAAGGUGUCCCGCAGCACUAUUCUUUCGAUGUCCUGUUCAGCACGGGCCUCUCAGAAAACGGGGAGCUCAUUCACAAAUGGAAUCUUCCUUCACCGGACGAAUGGCGACAACGGAUGCACACUUGCAAUGAUGGAACCAUGCCCAGAGAGCCAUAUCAGCGCUGCAGCCAGGCCAUCUUUGAAGCGUGGCUAAAGUGUCGCUUACAGUCUGAAGAGCUAAUUGAGGAUCACUUCGGCCUCAAAUUCGAAAGUUGUGUGGAAACUCCCGACGGUGUAAAGUCGGAACUCGUCGACACCGUCACUGGAGAGCGACACCUAGUGUCCAGCCAGUAUCUGGUCGGCUGUGAUGGCGCUGGCAGUAGCGUCCGUCGACAACUCAAUAUUAAGGUGAUUGGUGGUCCCGUCCCUUCUGCGAUGUAUCUCAUCCACUUCAAAUCACGAGAUCUUACGGCAUUGCAUAAGCAAGGUCAAUUCUGGCACAUCUUUUUCACCAGCGGCAGCGUCAUAAUAUCUCAAGACGAAAUCGACACUUGGACCAUCCAUAUUCCCAUAUCUAUUGACACGGAUUGGAAAUCCCUUGAUCCAACAGAGUCUAUAUACCGAGGUCUAGGCGGGUCUUUGGCCCCUUAUCCUAUCAAGGUCGACGAAAUCCUCGUGUGCAGCUCGUGGCGCCCAAAUAUUGCCGUCGCAGAGCGUUUUGCGUCGGAGAGCUUCAAAGUUUUCUUAGCUGGAGACGCAGCUCAUCAAAACAUUCCCACUGGAGGAUACGGCAUGAAUACGGCUGUCGGCGACGUCUUUGAUUUAGGCUGGAAGCUAUCGGCCGUUCUCAAUGGUUGGGGAGGCGAAGAGCUGUUCCACUCUUACGAAUUUGAACGGAAACCGGUUGCCAUCCGCAACAUCGAACGUUCUGGUCAACAUUUUCAGGUUCACCAGACAUACGUCAAGUGGGUAAACGAUGAAGGAGCAGAUAUCCUCUCCAAGAAGGAAAAGCGUAAACGUCUGUUUCAUCGCAUCAAAACAUACACCGAGGCCCACCAAGGCGAGAAUAAGGACCACGGAAUCGAAAUGGGUUAUCGAUAUAACGGAUCACCCGUAAUUCUCCAGAAUGAGGCUGGAGAAGUGGAACAGGAACCUUCGUGGAAUUCGCGAACCUUUGUGCCAUCUUCUUGGCCCGGUGUUCGUGCUCCUCAUGUCUACCUCAAGGACGGGGACACCAGUAUUUUCGACCUGUUUGGAGCAGAGUUCUCGAUCAUUGACUUCACAAAAGCUGGGACUUGGAGUCAAGAGUUUGGAGCCGCAGCUGCUGAGCUCAAAAUCCCGCUUACGAAUGUUCACUUGCCAGAAGAGGCCCAGGCAAGAAACAUCUGGGGUAGAGACGCCUUCCUUAUCCGUCCAGAUGAUCACAUAGCUUGGAGGUCGCCACUUGACGGGAAGGGAACAGAUAGGGCGUCAAACAGCAUGGAUUUACAUCAACCUUAG